GCCGAGGGGGAAGUUUCAACUGGCGGACCUGCCAUAAUAACCUUACCGUCGCGGGCACGCGCACACCCAGUAAAUAGUCUCCAAGGCACCAUUCCGAAAAUUUGACUUUACUGUUAUCGUAUUUAAAUCAUGUUUGAAUCCCCUUUAAAAUCAAAUGCACGGAACGCUUGGUCAGAGAGCCAGGAGGAGUUGAGCGAGACGGAACCGGUGUCGCCCGUGAGUAAAGGAAACCGUGGAAAGAAGAAGAAAAAGAGAAGGCAACAACCACAACAACAAAAAAACGAGAAACGCUCGGUCUCAGCUCCCCAGCUUUGCGCGGAGGAGUCGUUUGAUCGGGAAGAUGAACAGUCAGAGAAACGGUACACCGAUUACGACGAGCCGAUAGUGAGAGGGAUAUUUCAAAUAGGGAAGAAGAGUCACGACGUCCUUCUGACAUCGACGAGGGUUACAUGGAGUCUUAUUCAGCCAGAGACCCCUACAGGUCAGUCGGAAACUCUGAGGAGGACAGAGUACGUGGAGCUAAAGGAUGUGUUUGGAGUGAAGGUGAAGAGACGUCGUUCUGCGGGCCAGGAGACAGGGGGCACUCUCCUGGGCAUCACUCUGUUCCAGUGUAAGAAGAAGGGACCCAAGCUGAAGGACCAUGCCAUUCACUUCAACAACAUGAGCGUGGACCACUGUGAGAUCUGGUUCAAAAAACUUAAGGAGAUACUCAGUGGUUUCCAGAACAGGCCCAAGUCCCUGAAGGUGUUUGUGAACCCUGCCAGUCAUAAGAAAGAGGCCUACCAGAUCUACAGAGAUGAUGUGGCACCCCUCUUUCAGCUAGCAGACAUCAAAGCUGAUGUGACCAUCACUGAAAGAAAGGGCCACGCUCUCUCCGUUCUGAAGGAAUCCAACUUGGAUGGAUAUGAUGGGGUUGUGGUUGUCGGUGGGGAUGGCUCGGUGGCCGAGGUGGCCCAUGGGCUGUUGCUGCAGGCCCAGAUGGAGUCAGGCAGGGACACAGACUCCAUGUUCACGCCUGUCCGAGCAACACUUCCUCUAGGGCUAAUACCAGCAGGCUCCACUGACGUGGUGGCCUGUUCUGUCCAUGGCAUACGGCAUCCUGUUACUGCUGCAAUGCACAUCAUCAUGGGCCACCAUCAGGAGGUAGAUGUGUGUAGUUUCAGUUGUCUGGGUCGCCUUCUGCGUUUCGGCUUCUCUGCCAUGUUUGGUUUCGGCGGGCGGACGCUGGCCCUGGCAGAGAGGCAUCGCUGGAUGCCACCCGGGCAGAGACGGGAGUUUGCCGUGAUCAAAACGCUGGCAAACCUCAAGCCUGAAGACUGUGAGUUGUCCUAUCUUCCUGUGAAGAAAGUCCAGACUGAAACGCUGGAUCCAGUAAAAAAUGAGUACUUAAAGGACGACAUGGAAGAGGAAGAGUCGUGGACGACCACCCGGGGUCUGUUCCUCAACGUCAGCAUCAUGGCCAUCCCUUGUCUCUGCUCCAUGGCCCCCAGGGGCCUGGCCCCUAACACCAGUUCAGUUUCUCCUUCGUGGAGACGCAGACGGUGUGGGCUGUGAGGCUCCGCCCCCGCUCUCAGAGCAGCUGGUCUGAUGACAUCGCUGAGGACAAUGGAGAGUAUGACUCUAAGAACACGCCCAUCAUCUCCUCCGAGGGGGCCUUCCCCUGGAAUGUAGACGGAGACCUAUUGGAGGUGCCCUCAGAGCUGCUCAUCAGGUUACAUCCUCAACUCCUGACCCUGUUUGGAGUGGACAUCGAGGAGGCAGAGGAGGCACACAUCAAGUGCAGCUGCAUUUAACACUGUAUGUAGAGCGGAAUCGAUACCUUUUAAAGCUGUCUAAAGGGUGGAUGAGUCUAUACACAUACCAACCUCCACUGGCAUUGCCACAGAAUGUAACAUACAGUCUUUCCUACUGUGCUUUACAAGAAACUGUCUUCAGUGUAUAGACUGUCUACAGUUUAAACUAUCUACAAGAGAGGAGCUUUUACACACAACCUAAAACUAUGUAUGUAGCACAA